AUGUAAUCAAAUUAACAUAAAAUCAUGAGAAAUUAUGAUUUUUAUAACAAUGAAAAUUGGAAAGAGGUUAAACUAUAAAUUCAACAUUAUAUUGAAUUAUUUUAAAAAUAAACUCAACCUCAAAUUCAAAAUAUAGAAUAAUUUUAUUAAAAUCUAGAGUAUGAUCAUUCUUUUAUUUAAUGGAUGUUCCCUAAUUUUUAUUAAAGCAUGUUUAAUUCAAACUCUUAAAAAUUAACACUCAAAGAAAGAGAUUGUAUGAUUAAAUCAGACACAAUCCUUAAAAGAUAUCACUAGUAUUAUAUUUUGAUUUUGAGAUUUUAUGGUAUUGAAAUAAAAUAGGUGAAAAUUAAGUAAAUAGAAAAAGCUAAUGUAAGCAAUUAAUAGUCUUAAAUUCAUACAUAAACUUUUAAUAAUUUUAAUAACUAGUAAUCUAAAGACAUUAAAAAUACAAUUAAAUAGAUAGAUAUCAAAGUAACCCAAUAAAAGACUAAUAAUUAAUGUGAAAUAUAUCAAUAAAAGUAAAAGUAAAAUGAAUUAUAAAAUUGCAAACCAAACAAUCAAUUAUAAUAAAUACAAUAAUAAUUUUAAUUGCCUAAGGAUACUAAUAAUUACAAAAAUAUUUAGACAUAAAGUCACAUACAGAAUACAGAUCCAACCAAUAAUUAAUAAUCAGAAUUAGUAUUGAUUGAUAAAAAGUAGUUUGAAUUGUGUUGUUUAUAAAAUACUCAUCAUCUAUUGAGAUUAAAAAGAAUACUAGCAUCCUUGAGUGUGUUAAAACAUAGAAAAGAAGCAAUUCAGCUAUGUUAAUUUUUAAAAAAAGAGUUGACCAACAUGGGAAGAGAGAAUAUUUAUUAAGAAAAUUUCAGUGGAUUUGACAGAUAUUAUGAGGAAAUGUCAGAGAGGGAUACGUACAGAGCUGUGAAUCGAAGGUUUAAUUCAUUUAAGUAUUGUUAUGUAGAUAAAGAUUUACUGGAAUAGGUCGAUAUUUCGAUAAUUUAAUGA